GCACCUUUUAGUUGCUUGAGCCGGCACGGUAGCAGCAACUGUCAGCGUAGCACACGGCAUGGCACCUCGUGCCCGUCAGCUCUUUGCUACUACUCCUUGGAUUGGAAAUAAUUGCACUUUGCCGAAUCAAGAGACCAAGCCUCCACCGACUCCCUGGUCAGGACAGCUGACAGAGUUCUUUCAGGACUACCGCACAUUGGAUGAUAUCCACCGAUAUAUUGAUCUUCUUGCACAGCAGCACCCAAAUCUGGUGACUCUGCGUGAGAUCGGCCGAUCCUGGCAGGGCAGGCCGCUGAAGGUCCUGGAGAUCACCAGCCCAAGUGGAAAUGUGGCAGAGAAGCCUUGCAUUUUCCUCGAGGGUGGCAUCCACUCGCGGGAAUGGAUUGCUACAUCGACAGUGUUGUACAUCGCAGGUUCACUAAUGCAAGAUGCAAGCGCUGAUGUGCAGAGCAUGCUGCAGCACUUCCUCUUCACACUGCUGGUCCCAGUCAACCCUGAUGGCUAUGUCUAUUCCUGGGAGGUGAAUCGCAUGUGGCGCAAAACACGGAGCAAUCGGAGCAACUAUUUGUGUCAUGGAGCCGUGGCUGGCGUGGAUGCCAAUCGCAACUGGGGCGUUACCUUCGGCCAGACUAACGAUGCUCCCUACGAAUUGCAAUUGCACAAUCCAUGUUCAGAAUUCUUUAUAGGCCCUGAGGCAUUCUCGGAACCGGAGACCAAGGCGGCUUCAGAGUACAUGAAGGAAAGACAGCAGAACUGGCGGUCCAACUCGAAAGCUGGAGCCGGUUAUGUAGCCGCCUUCAUUGACUAUCAUUCCUACGGCGAGGCAAUGCUACCACCAUGGGCGUAUACUGCAGAGACCCCGGCAGAUCCUGAUGGCUCAUACCAGACGUCUUUGACGAGCUUUAUCAACGAAGCAUUCUACAACACAUCGGGGCGCACGUUCAAUGCAGGAGCAGAUGUGUUCCUUCCUAAUCCUGGCACUGGCCCUGACUGGGCAUACGGGUUUCUAGGAAUCCGAGCUACUAUGACCAUUGAACUUGAAGGUCACAGCUCUUGCUUGCCAGCCACCCAAAUCCAGAACGUUGGCAAAGAGCAAUUCGCGGGAGUGAAGGCUUUAGCAGCUUUCAUCCGACAACAUGGUGGAGAACCAUCGGCUCAAGUGGGCAUUUUUGCGCGAGGCAAUGGAAGCACUGCUCUGUAUCUCGUUGUGAUUCUGGUGGUCUUUGCCUCGUUGGUGGCGAUGCGGAGCUGGUUCAAUUGGUUCUCCACAUCGAGGAGGGAUUAUCAUCCUGAAUCCGCCAUUAUUGGAAUGAGCAGAGACGCUGCCCCCAGCUGUCUUGCUUAGGCAUCCUUUGCUUUAAAGCAUCCGUAGGUUUCUGUACUGUGUGGCACAACUUUUGAGCUCAAGAACAAGCGAACGAAGAAGCGUCGCUUGUUGGCACUGCCUUCAAAGCAAGGAUGUUCUCGAGCUCUGCGGAACCUGGCAAUGCAAAUUGAGUUCGUCAGAAAAAAAAA